AUGACUGACAGCUGCUUCUUUGCACCUCCCCUCGAUUUGGUCACAGUGUUCGGAAACCUGCUGGUCAUCACCUCGCUCUGUGUCUUCAGACAACUCCACAGUCCAGCUAACGUUCUCACCCUCUCUCUGGCUGUCACAGAUCUCUUGGUUGGAGUAAUCAUCAUGCCAAUAAACUGUGUGCGAUUGUCUUGUUGGCAUUUUGGGGUACUGUCAUUUUCAUAUUACAAAAUGUCAAAUCCAAACUUGGCUGCAAAAUACAUAUUGUACUUGUUCUAUUUUAAUUCUAGUGUAAAUCCUUUUAUAUAUGCUUUUUUCCACCCGUGGUUUAAAAAGUCUACCAAACUCAUCUUAACUCUUAAAAUAUUGAAAUCAUCCUCUGUUCACCUGAAUGGAUUGCCUGACAGCAAAUAA